AUGGCGAUCGACCCCGUCUCUAUUGCUGGCCUCAGCCUGGCCGCUUUGGAUCAAUUGCUCAAGCUCGGUGAAAGGACCUAUGAAUUGAUCCAAGACUCCAGGGCGUUCGACGAUGACACUCGAAAGCUAUCCCGCAAGAUCGCGGACGAAAACAUUCGCACCAGGCUUUUGCGCGGCUUACUCUUUUCAGAAACCCCCAUCUAUGGCAACAAAACUCUCUUUGAGCAAUUCGAACCAGACAUCCAAAAGCAGAUCCAACUACUCCUGGGACCGUUGAAGGGAAUCCUACAGGAAGGAUGCGACCUUCUCGAACGACGUUAUGGUGUCACUGAGCAGAAUUUCGGACUUGCCUCCCAGACCUCGAACCUUUCGCUAGCCAGCACCCUGACACCCAACUCACAUGUCCCUUCCCCGCGGAGCAAGAGUCCCAGCAUCCCCGAUUUCUUCAGAUGGAGCUUCCAGGACAAGAAGAGAGUCAAGGCAAUCGUGGACGAAGUCGGCGACCAGAACAACCGCGUCCACGAAAAGAUCAAACUGUGGUGUCUGGCAUCGCAACUGGGUGUCAAUGUGCAGCAUCUGCAGCGCCUCCAACGCGAUGAGAUCUCCCGACAGCUGGGCUUCGAUGUCGACGCAACCCUGCGCCUGACUCAAUGGGAUGCCUUGAACGUUCAAUCGGGUUUGGAGCUCACCGAUCCGUCAUGGAACCAGUACCUGAAACCCAUCACCCCGGUGCCAAACCAAGGCAAGUUCGCGACCUUGACCAAGGACGGAAUCGCCUAUGUGCACGAAGGCCACCAUUACGAGACCGAAGCGAGGUGCCCUUCCAACGUUCUCGAUGGUCGUACCCGGAAGAAGGUCGAUGAUCUCGCAAAACUACUUCACCAGCCAAAAGAGCAGGUCUUCCGCAUUCCUCGAUGCGUGGGAUGGAAAUUCAUGCCCAUGCAAAAGUCCAUUGGAUUCGUGUUCGAAAUGCCAUCUACACCGGACGCACAACCCACCAGUCUGCUCCGUCUACUAUCCAGCUCCGAAUCCAAGCCAGAGCUGGGAGACAAAUUCCGGCUGGCACUGAAUCUCGCGCGCUGCAUCGCGCAGCUACACAUGGUGAAAUGGGUCCACGAAUCCUUCCGCAGCGAAAACAUCCUCUUCUUCCCCUCGGCCAACAGCGAAGUCGAAUUCACCGAGCCCUGGGUAAUGGGCUUCAACUUCUCACGACCGGAAUCCUUCUUCAGCGCCGGACCCGCCAACUUCCUCCCGGCAGAGAACAUCUACCGGCACCCGGAGCGACAGGGCGAGCCGGAGAAGAUGUUCUCCAAGAUCCACGACAUCUACGCGUUGGGGGUGGUGCUGUUGGAGAUCGGGCUGUGGGAACCGGCGAUCAAGCUCGAGAAGAACAUGUUCGCGCACGCGAGGGAUGGCUACGCGAUCCAAUCACAGCUGAUCAAGCAUGCGCAGAAGAGGCUCGAGUCCCGCGUGGGGAGGAAAUAUCGGGACGCGGUGGUCAAGUGUUUGACGGGCUCAUUUGACGUCAGGGAUGACAACAAGGAGGAUUUGAAGUUACAGCAGGCUUUUAGAACUCAAGUGGUGGACGUGUUUGAGAUGGCGGCGAAUUUUGUUUGA